AUGACUCUUCUUCAAUCCUUUAUCCAAAUCCACCCAGAUUCUCACUUCCCCAUUCAGAAUCUACCUUACGGAAUCUUCAAGCCCCAACCCGAUUCAUCCCCUCGUCCCGGAGUAGCCAUCGGCGAUUUCGUUCUCGACCUCUCCGAGAUCUCUUCGGCCGGUCUUUUCAACGGCACUCUUCUAACUAACUCCGAUUGCUUCCUCCAGCCUAAUCUAAAUAAAUUUGUAUCACUCGGAAGACCAGCAUGGAAGGAAGCUCGCGCCACUCUUCAAAAACUCUUAUCAUCAACUGAGCCAACUUUGAGGGACAAUGAAGUUCUGAGACAGAAAGCACUUGUGCCUUUGAGCCAAGUAGAGUUGCUUCUCCCUGUUGCAAUUGGGGACUAUUCAGACUUCUUUUCGUCUCUGCAUCAUACUAAAAAUUGUGGAAUCAUAUUUCGCGGACCGCAGACUCCUGUUCUAGAGAAUUGGUAUCACUUGCCUGUUGCUUAUCAUGGACGGGCAUCUUCUGUUGUUGUUUCCGGAACAGAUAUUAUUAGACCGAGAGGUCAAGCUCAUCCUGCCGGAAACCCUUCACCCUACUUUGGCCCUUCAUUGAAGCUUGACUUUGAGUUGGAAAUGGCUACUAUUGUCGGACCUGGAAAUGAACUAGGAAAACCUGUAGAUAUAAACAAUGCUGAAGAUCAUAUCUUUGGACUUGUUCUAUUGAAUGACUGGAGUGCUCGAGAUAUUCAGGCAUGGGAAUAUGUUCCUCUUGGUCCUUUUCUUGGCAAAAGUUUCGCCACAUCGAUAUCACCUUGGAUUGUGACCUUGGACGCAUUAGAACCUUUUGCUUGUGAAGCCCCGAAACAGGAUCCUUCUCCACUUCCUUACUUGGCCGAAAAAGUAUCCAAAAACUAUGAUCUUUCACUAGAGGUCCACAUUAAACCUGCUGGUCACAAAGAUUCAAGCGUUGUUACGCGGAGUAACCUCAAGCACCUAUAUUGGACAUUGACUCAACAACUUGCUCACCACACAAUCAAUGGUUGCAAUCUGAGGCCAGGGGACAUCCUUGGAACUGGGACAAUUAGUGGCCCGGAGCCAGAGUCUCGCGGAUGCUUACUAGAGUUAACAUGGAAUGGACAAAAUUCGCUGUCGUUGAAUGGGUUAGAUAGAAAAUUUCUUGAAGAUGGAGAUGAAGUCACCUUAACUGGAUAUUCCAAGGGAAAUGGUUACACUAUUGGGUUUGGUACAUGCUCUGGCAAGAUUGUUCCAUCAGCUCCUUGA